ACAGAAAGAAGCCCAGACAGCAUUGUCCUCCCUCCGCAUAGCGCAUCGUUCCGCCAGCGUCGAAUGCAACCUUGAUUUUCUCGCCUCACCACAUAUGUCGGGCGCUUCUAGUUCCCUGUUGGAGAAGGAUUGAAGGUGAUUUUGGACGGCGGCCCAUUGAUCACCAGGGUGCUUGCCGCCUCAAAAUGGCCGUGGUUAUCACGUCGGACGACGACAGCUACUUUUCGUCAGCGUUGCGCCGCUCCCAUUCACAGCCAAAACUGGUCACCAGCCGCCCCGGCUUGCAGACUUCGGCUUCCGCGUCUCGGCUCGUUGAUCUCUACCGCGGCCCUUCCCGACAUCUUUCAGACUCGCCAACCUCAUCGGCUCCCUCAUCGCCGCUGGCACCCCAAGCCGAGUCGUCAGACUUGUCUUGCUCGUCGACCCCCGCUACCAACUUCUCUCUGUCGUCAGAUUGCGAAGAGGCCGCUUCCCAAGGAUCUGUCACACCAGAUGAGAUACUUCUGCCUCGAUACGAGGACGUCGGGUAUUUUGGCCGCCUAGAUGAUCUGGAUCCCUCGCCGAGUCCGCAAACGGGCGGCCCACCCACAUCUUCACCGAAUGAGCAAGAUGACUCGGCAGCCACGACUAGACCGGGAACGCCCGAGAUCCAGGAGAGAGCUGAGGACGAUAUCGCGUUGAGGGCGCAGCCUUCCCGGCAUGUCGACUAUCUGUCGCAUAACUGGCGCGAGGAAGACAUAUGGUCUUCUUGGAAGCAUAUUGUCUCUCGGAGAGGGGAUUAUAGCAAUGCCGCUCGCCUUGAGAAUGCUUCUUGGAGGACGUGGAUGAAGUCAAAAAAUAACUUGAGCACCGUGUCACCCGAGACGUUAAACUGGCUGAAGGAUUGCGACGUAACAUGGCUAUACGGCCCGUUACAGACGGGCACGUCCACCCUGAAUAAGACGUCGACGGGCUCGAACAGUUCCGGGAUGUCCAAGUCGAAUUCCUUUAUCCAAAAGAAGCCUAUUCUAAAAAAGAGGAGCAUGUCGGAAAUCAUGCUUCAAAGGUCGCUGUCCACCUCAUCGUUGGUGAAGCAAGCCGCGGCAGCGGUGCAAGCACAACAGAAGGGGGGCAUCAUGAAGAGAAUAGGCAGGCGACCGGGUCUUGAGCGGGCCACUACGGAUUACAUCACGUUCCCCUUUUCGUCCCGCGGCUUCAGCCAGGAUGGGACCAGCCUCUUUCCCUCGGCGAGAUCGUCUGGCAUCACUUCCCCAAGCGGGGAGCGGAAGCACAUACAUUUCAACGAGCAAGUGGCCCAGUGCAUCGCAGUUGAGGUCAAGGGUGAUGACGACGAUGAGGAUGAUGGCCGAUAUCCGUACGACAGUGACUCGGACGACGGGGCCAUCAUGAUGAAACGAACGCACUCCAAAAAGAGGCGGCCAUCACUGAAGAGGGCCAAGAAGCCCAGCAACAAUGGGGAGAGCAAGACGAUAGCGAUGCUCCCUUCCACGACGCUCAAGUACCGAGAAGACACGCCUGAGCCGACCGAGUCAGCGAUGAAGCACAGCACCAGCUACAGGAGCCCGGUAAUCUCGCCUUCCUCCUCACAAGAAACGCUGCGCCCAUCCAAAAAGUCGGGUAAGCUCUUUAUUGCCGGCGACGACGAUGACGAUGAUGACGACGACGAGGGAAAGGUGGGAGACGACGGCAGCUACGGAAUGUCAGCCACGCAGUACGGGGAGGGCUCAUCUGGGCUCCGUCGCACGCUAUCCUCAACCAGCUUGUCGGCCGAGCCGGCCGGGAUGCGGCGGACCGAGUCCGGCAUGUUUAUGCCCUUUGAGGAAGGCAGCUCUGGCUCCUCGGGCGACGGCGGCCUGAUCGCUCGAAUCAUUAAUACGGUAAAUACGGCCCGGGACAUUGCCUUUGUUAUCUGGAAUGUGGGAUGGAGGAAAUGAUUUUUUUAUGUGGCGAGAGCGUUCGUUGUUAACCAAAGCUGUGUUUUUCCAGAAGGAGGCUGCAUUCAGUACCCAUCGACUGCGACAAAAUCCGAAGAAUUCUUCAGGGGGUGUACGAUAAAAGACAGCGUUUAGCUGAUUGCGUU